CACUGUAGAAGAGCAAAAUUCAUGAAAACUUGAGUGAAACCACUCUCUUGUCACAGCUUCAUAAUGACCUUACUAACAAACUGGAUAUCAGCCCCAACAGCAUUUCUUCUCUUACAUCUUUGGAGAGCAAAGGUACAUGCUUCUGAAAACCCAGAGGAAGAAAUAGAUUACACAUAUGUUAUUAUAGGAGUUACUCUGGGAGCAGUUCUAGCAAUCGGUUUUGUAGCAGUAAUAAUCUGCAUGAUCAAAGCCCAAAUGAUUGACAGUGUCUUUGGAGAGUCAGAUGGCAAAAUGGAUAGAAGGGGAAGUGACUGACUUGUGGUGGCAGCAAAAUUUCACGUCUUUAAUGGUGACCUUACAUUGACAUCUUUGAUGUUUCCUUUUCUGUUUGCUAAAAGGUAGAGUGAAAUUUCCAGUUUAAUGACAAAAUUCUGGUCUUAAGGCUGCAAGUGUGACACAAUACACAAACAUUUUGCCUUAGACCCGCUGACACUGACCAAUGAGAGAAACUAAUUCCACAAUAUUUUGAGGCAAAACUAUUUAUGUUAAAGAUCAUACUUUUAUGGCUAAGUAGGAGAAAACCUGGAAAUCCACAAUCACUUCGUAAUCAGUGCACUUUUCAAUUCUGUUGUGGUAGUCAGUAAUUUACUAGCAAAUCUUUCUUCUCAUUCACUUCAGGGCAUCUAUGUAUUACUCUCUGGUAGGUCACUAAAGGAUGCUAUAAUGCUGGUAAUAAUCUGUGGAAACAGUAUAGACUUUUACUGGUUUUGAGGAAAACUCUGGCAGUAAAAAUACUACCAGAGCCAUAGAAAUAUUUAGAAAUGCCCCUAAUAAACUAAUCCUUAGUAGGAUUUAUUCAGGUCACCAGAGAGACAUAUGAUAAUUACAUCUAAGUUGAUUUUACCCGCUUGCUUCAGUUCCCUAGGGAAUUCUGGUUCAUGGAAUUUUUAGACCUGUGUCUAGCCCUAGAAAACCCUCUGAUAAAGUGAAGUCUAUUAUCUGAAGUCACCUGAUUUAUUCCAACCAACCAUAUAGCCAUCCUGAAUAUCUCAAGGAAAGGCAACUUGAAACCUUCAGUGUUAAGAGACACAAUCCCUAUAGGAUUCAGGAAUAAAAAAAUACUUCAACUGAGAACAUUCAACCAAAUUCACCUUCAGCCAAAUUUUGUUUUAAAUUUUAUGUCAUUAUUUCUACAAAUGCCACCAGCCACUCAAUAUUUCCCUAGCUGGGAAAUACUCGGAGUGGGCAUCACCCAGCACUGUACUUUCAUAGCCAAUGGAGCUGCUCAGCCUUGUACCAGCUGAAGGUCUUGAUGCAGAUAAUCAUCCUCUGUGUCAGAACCCCAAUUAGCUGGUACUGAACCUACCUGACCCCUUCCAAGAACAGAUUUUCACUAAAACCAGGAAGUAUUUGGAUGCCUCCCCCUUGAUAAUUUCCAAAAUACUUAAAAACACAAGUAUUUCGAGAUCCACAUGACACUGAUAGCUCAUUGUGCAAUAAUGAACAGAAUUUACACUUUAUUUAGUCAGGUACAUAACAUUAAGAUUUAAACAAUCAAUUCACAAUGGGUUGCUCUUAAACUCAAUGGGAUAUUUACUAACACUUGAGAAGAAAAAGGCUUGAGGCAAGGUUCUGUCAGCCAACAAAACAGCAAUUUAUAUGUCAACUGACAAUUAUUUAACGUCCUCUUUUUUAAUUAAUAGCUCAUGUCAGUAUCAAAUGCCAUCUUGGUGUAAGCUUGGUAAAUUAUAAUGCCUAAAAAUUUCAUGCAAGUUUAAUGUAUUCAUAAAAAUGUCUGGGCACAUUUAAUGCUGGCAAUAUUUUGAGUUAACUACAGUGCAUGUCAGCCAGAUUUAUCUUGACAGGAGGAAAAGAAAGAGACAUACAGAGACAAGGAGAAGGGUGGAGAGACAGAGAAUAUUUACUAAAAAGGAAAAGGUACAUAUUUUAAACCUGCUGCAAAUGAAUCUGUUGUCAACACAUCCUGGGCAACAGCACACACACAAAAUCCCCCAUGUCACUCACUGGGCUCUACAGGACUCCACCUAAAUCACUCAGUAGAAAAUCAGGUUUUAAAUGCAAUACACAGGUUCUUCUGAUGUUUUAUGGAAGAGAGGAGGAGCUUGGGAGGUGCUUGCCAAGUGUAUCGGUGAUUUUCUUUUCCUACCCAAAGCCUCAUCAAAAUAUUCUCUUAUAUUUUCCCUCCUGACUUCUAAGGGGCCAACUACUCUCUCCUUUGCUAGACUGUGCUUGAGAAACACAGGAUAUUUUUAAGAAUUAUAGCAUUCUUUAGGUGAAUGGAGGAGGUCUUGGAAUGUAACUGUACCUUAAAAUUCUCUAAUAUGUUCUGAAAAUCUAAAAACAGUGCCACACAUUGCAUCGGAGGUGAAGUCAUCCACUUUGAAAAUAUAACCAUCACAGAUGGAAAAUAAUGGAAAAGACAAGGUUUGGGCAAUCGUGUUCAGGUUUCAAUGCUGUGCUGCAGUUUCUUCCAACUAUCAGAACUGUGGCAGCCUAAAUACCCGAACCAAGAGUCUUUUUCCUAGCAUUUUGUCAUGUUCAGGUCUGUAGCCUGACAGGCAGGGACAGUGAACAGGUUCUGAUCUAAAAAUAUCAUAUCCUUCAACCAGGUUUAAAGUAAGAUAGAAAGACAAACAACUUGUUUUGGAGAUGAGUUCUUUCUGAUCCAAGUAGUCCAGCUUGGUCUAGAGCACUGUGAAUUGCAGAAUGCAUCAUUUAACAAAUAGGAAGCCAAAAACAUAGACAUGAGUCUCAUCACCUGCAAAUGAGAGACACUGUCUGUCUAGUCACUGCAGUCUGAGCUCACAAAUAAACUUACUGGAGAUCUAGUUUUGAUACUAGAGUGGGUACUUGAGAAAGCCACAUGUGGGAGUCUUUUGGAAAAUGGUCCCAAAAUUUACAACCCAAAAUCCGUAAAUACAAAUUGAAAAGAAAAAAGACCUUGGCCUUGUCUAAGAGUGUCACUGGAAGAGUGGUGCACAAGAGAAAAGGGUCAAUUAUGGUUUCCCCGGAUGCUGGGCACUGAAAUGCACUGCAGCCCCUCAAUACUGUGCCAGCUAUUCAUAGGUAACACUGUAAGUUCAGCCCACCAGCAAGUUGUCUGCAUCUAUCUUUACUUUCCUUAAACAAGCCUUUUUUUUCUUUUCCUCUCCCAGGAAUAUUCCUUUUAAACUAUGCAGUCAGUUUCAUCUUCUUGGAUCUGUAGCAGAACAGUCAUGCAGAUUCAGCAGACUCUGACACCUCUGUGUGGAUGGAUUCUCUUAUCAUCCCUCAGUGAUGCCCUAAGCUGUUCUUUCACUUGCCACUCUUUGUUUCCCAAGCAGACCUUCACAAGGUCUGUCAUUCUGAUAUAGGAUAUUCUACAUACCAUUCAAUCAUCACAUCAACAAAGUCUUCAGAAGUUGUUAGUGGUUUACAUGUAAGGAAAAACAGAGCAAGCAACGACACUUAACCUUUUCAAUGAUCCAAAUAAACCUUGCAAAAUCAGUCACAAAGUAUUCCUGUGAGGUCUGUUUUUACUACAGAGCCUCUCUUCACGUUGCCACUUUGGCUUAAAACCAGUAGUGAAGAACUGUCACGAGAAUGAGAGUGGAAGACAAAUUUGGAGGGCUCCAGUCCUCUUAGGCAGCAGUGCAUUUGCAUUCACUGAGCAGAUGCCACCUGCACAAGAUGGGUCUGGCCCUGUUGAUACACCAGAACAGGCCCAAUUCCUCACUCAGCACUGCAGGGAUUAGUGGGUGGUCGAUAGGCUGAAGGCUGUACUCACUGCUUUAGCUUUGCUCAGCAUGCAUCCUGGGAACUGAGUUUAAUGGAAAAUA